AGUCAGACCGAAGUGGGAACCAUCUGAAAAAUAAAAAAUAAUCCGUAAUUAUUGUUAUUAACAGAAAUCUUGGUUUAUGUAACCGCUUAUCUUUUGUAUAACGCGGACAGCGGAGCUGACGGUGGAUGAUGUGGAGCAGCGGUUCGUCCCGGAGCUCCGACCGCUUCGAGUAUUUACAAACUCUGGUCACCGAGUUUCAGGACACCGACAGCGAAGAGGCGAAGGAGCAAGUCCUGGCUAAUUUGGCCAAUUUUGCAUAUGAUCCAAAGAAUGUUGAGUAUCUGCGGGAGCUCCAGGUGACCGAUCUCUUCUUGGACAUGUUGACCGAGGAGAAUGAGAACUUUGUGGAGUUUGGGAUGGGGGGCGUGUGUAACCUCAGUAUGGACCCUGAGUGCAGAGAUGUCAUCCUGCAGAGUGACGGAAUCAGCUUAGUCACAAACUGCCUGUCGAGCCAGAGGGAGGAGACGGUCCUGUCAGCCAUCACCACCCUCAUGAACCUCCUGACACCUGCAUCACGCUUUCAGAUCACAGAUCCCGCCAUCCUGCAGUGCAUGCUGCGCUUCUCCCUCUCUGAGAGCCCCCGUAUGCGCAACCUGGCUGCUGUGUUUCUGCAGGACUGCUGCACCGAGGAUCAGGUGGUGCAGGCGCAGCGACAGAUGGAAGGGCAGCAGACGGCAGUUGGCAUCCCACUGCCCAGAGACUAAACAUACAGCACAGAAGUGCACAAGUUUGCUCUCUGUGAGAGUAUCAGAGAUAUUUACAUUCUGGAGGUAAAAUGCUGCCAUUAUGUGUGAUUGGGUGCGUUGCUCUAAAAAUAAAAAUCUGCUGCCUAUGGAAGGGUCACGUAACUGUAAAAAAAGUCCUGUUUUUUGGAAUUAAUUAAAUAAUUAUCUUAAUUAUCUUAAGAAGGGAACAGGCCUGAAACAGCUACUCAGCCUGAAAGUACAAAUCUCAGCAAUUUUUUGUUAUUUUUUUAAAACAAAGUUCAUUUUAGUAAAUGCCACUGAAUUAAAUGUGGAGGUCUGUGUUGGUGUACAGAGGCAAAAUGACACAUGCUGUCCAAAAACCCUGUGGACCAAUCUGCAAUUCUGUUUGCACUUCAUGAGAACUGACAUUUUAGUUUGGGAUGCACUUUUGUCUUUGUGAUUUAAAAAAAAAUGCACACCUUGUUUUAACCAACA